AUGGCUGUAGCAUGGUGGGUUUUACAAAUUGCUGCUAACGAAGAAAAACAUUUGUUAAGAAUAGAAAGGCGACAACUGCGUGAUGCAACUAAUCCUUUCGGUAUUCCAGAAUCGCAAUUUAUUUCUUUAUAUCGGCUUCCGAAAGAUGCUGUAUUGACAUUAUGUGAAAACAUACAACCUUAUGUGCAGAGAGCUAUAAGACCAACAGCAAUCCCAUUCGAAUUAAAGGUUUUAGCAACAUUAAGUUUUCUGAGUUCAGGAUCUUAUCAAAGAAGAGUUGGACAAGAUUUUUUCAGUUGCAUGUGCCAGGCAUCUAUUAGUGGUGCAAUACAUGAAAUUGUAAAUGCAAUAAAUGCUAUUAUGCCGCAAUGGAUAAAGUUUCCUGUACAAGCUAAUGAGAUUGAAGCAAUCAAACAACAAUUCUGGAUUAAUACUAAUUUUCCAGGCGUUAUAGGAGCUGUUGAUGCAGUAGCGGCAAAUCACGGAGGUCGGACACAUGAUGCUAGAGUUUGGAAUUCGUCUCGGUUAUCGAGGCACAUGUUGAAUCAGUAUGAAAAUGGAAGGAGAAAUGUAUGGUUGUUAGGAGAUUCUGGCUAUCCAUUAUUGCCAUAUUUAAUGACUCCAAAACUAAAUCAACCACCAGGGUCUCCAGAUGCGUCAUAUACAGAUACUCACGCUGUAGCACGAAGCUCCAUAGAGAGAACAAUAGGAGUAUGGAAAGGACGCUGGAGAUGUUUGCGUAAAGAAAGAGGUUUACAUUAUUCGCCAGAAUUUGCAGCACUUAUAGUAAAUGCGACUUGCGUAUUGCAUAAUAUUGCCAAACAUUAUAAUGUUCCGGAUGUGGAAAUAUACAGACAAGAUGAGCAAGAAAAUAUUGAAGCAGAAGACAAUAUGCGUGCAGAUAUGCGUGCAAGAGGAAAUAUA